AUGAUAACCCAUUACAAAAGCGUUGAUUUCGUAAGUAAGAAGCCUAAUGAUGGGAAGUAUGGCUUAUCCUUCAAAACCAUCGCCGGCGAAUCAAGAUCUGUCACUGAGGAGAUAACAGCACCAUGGUCAGAGACAACCUUACCAACCAUUUUGUCCCGCUUUCCUUUGGAAAACAUUUUCAAUGCCGACGAAUUCGGGCUCUUCUUCCAAUGCCUUCCAAAUACUGGGUUAGCUGCUGGCAAUGCCUUAGGAGAGCGCUUACAAAUGUUUGUAAUCGGGAAGUCUGCCAAACCUCGUUGCUUUAAAGGUGUCAAAACACUGCCCUGUCGAUACCGUUCACAAAAAAGAGCUGGAUGUCUGGAGAGCUGUUCGAAGAAUGUUGACAAUUGCACCGCUCAUCCUCAUGUCGAAAGGCUAAAAUGGGUAGAAUUAAUCUUCCUUCCUCCGAAUACAACGUCGCAUACUCAACCUAUGGACCAAGGAAUCAUUCGUGCACUGAAAGCGAAGUAUCGAUCGGUAGCAGUCCGCAAGUUGAUAAAAGCAUUGGAUGAAAAAGUCUCUAUCCCGAAGUUCUCGAUUCUUGCUGCUAUGUUCAUGCUUAGAAAAUGUGACGAUAUUGACAACCAAACCUUUACCAACUGUGUUUGGAAAUCAGGAAUUUCCCAGAAGGAUGCUGAAAAUGCCAUUAACGAUGAUGACGAUCCAUUCAAAGACCUUGCCAGUAGCGAGGUAGAAGAGGACCCAAUCCCGACCCUCGAUGCUGAUCUCUCGUACAUAAAACGAAGGUUUCCUGACCAUAUCGAUUCUACCAUAUCAGUUGAGGAUUUCAUUGAUUUCGAUAUCGAAGUGAGCAUAAGUCUAAAAACUGCUGACAUCAUUGCUGAUAUCACUGGAACUCAAGAUGAGGAAGAUGAAGAGGAUGAAGAAGAUGACGAUGACAAGGAUGAGGAUAAUCUUUCAAGACCGACGGCCGAACAAUUGCGUUCAGCAAUCACCGUCCUUGAGGACCUAAGCGUUUUCUCGGAAUUUGGGGAAGAAAUGUUAGCUUCCCAAAAGAACUUGAAUAAAAACAUCAAACGAGAUUAUGAUGAUACUUGUAAACAAUCAAUUAUAACUGAUUUUUUUCAAAAAAAUUGA